CUAGAGCAGGAAAAGACUGCGAGCGGCGUGAUUGGUGCAGACUCGGUCAGUGUCCGCAGAAAUUGGAUUAAUUUGUGAUUAUAGCGCAUUUUAAGACGACUUUACCGUAAAAUCAUCACCUGCAUCGAUACUUAGUGUAGGUGUAAACUUUAAACCAUGUCAGAGUGACUGAUCGAUCAAGGUCACAGCAGCGGAGUGUGCCAGGAGCCUUCAGGUGACUUUGCAUCAAACCUAGAAACACAGAGUGAUGGCCGGCCUUAUAAACUUUGAGGAUGAGGCAGAGGUGAAGCAGUUUCUGGAUAAUCUGGGGGUGGAGUACAGCUUCCAGUGUUACAAAGAGAAGGACCCUGAAGGCUGUCAGAGGCUCGCGGAUUACCUGGAAGGUGUGAAGAAGAACUAUGUGUCUUCAGCUCAGGUGCUCAAACACAACUGUGAAACACACGGACACGGAGAGAGCUGCUACAAACUUGGAGCGUACCACGUGACAGGCAAAGGUGGAGUGGCACAGUGUCUGAAGACGGCAUACUCUUGCUUCCUGCGUUCCUGCAGUGCUGGAGGGAAGAAGUCCACAGACGCCUGUCAUAAUGUGGGUCUAUUAGCUCACGAUGGAAGAGCAAUGGAGGGAGAGCCUGACCUCUCUGCCGCCCGAGAGUACUAUGAGAAGGCAUGCGCCGGAGGUUUCGCCCCCUCCUGUUUUAACCUCAGCGCUCUUUACAUCAAUGGAAACUCUAAAGGCCUGAGUCCGGACAUGAAUCUGGCUCUGCGGUACGCCAACAGGGCCUGUGAGCUGGGACAUGUGUGGGGCUGUGCCAAUGCCAGCCGCAUGUACAAAAUGGGAGACGGCACGGACAAGGACGAGAAGAGAGCCGAGGAGCUGAAGAACCGAGCCAGAGAAUUGCACGGGUUAGAGAAGGAGAGGCAGCUCAAGUUUGGAGAGUGAACUGAAUUAAAUGACCAUGGAUUAUUAUUAAAUUUGCAUCAGGAUCUUUAUCAGUGUGUGUGAGUGUUUUAAAGAAGAGACGUCUCAGUGUGUAGACAAUGUAGACGAGAUGAAAGCAGGAUAGGAGUUUGUUUUAAGACACAACUAACUCAAGUAACUCAAGACAAAGUUGAUACAGGGGGAUGCCAGAGUCAACAGAGACCAAAAGUUCCCGACGGGAGCUUUAAGUGAGGUGAAAGGAUUUAAACACACUUUUCAAAUUUAAAAGUACAUGUGAUGUGAAACUAUAACAGCUGUCUUUAAAUGUCACAUAUUGUGCAAAAUUUGAAUUUCCCUCUGGAUUAAUAAAGUAUCUAUCUAUGUUAAAUGCA